GCAACUUUGUGUCCAUCGUCUUAGAAGCUGAAGUUUUUCUUCUAUUUUCGCUCUAGCUGCGCGUUUUCUUGACUUUAUCCAUGCUGACAUGGAAUACGAGGAGUUCCCUGGCGAGAGGAUAUCAAGAGUUUAAGCUGCUGUGAGUGUCCCACCCCCCCUCCCUCCCGCGUAUGAAGAUGGACCCUCCUGUCGCGUGGGUCCUUCAGACCAUGCUGGUGCUGAUGCUCUUCCCCCCCGCUGGCUCUGUCUCUUGCCCCCGGCCGUGCUCCUGCCCCCAGCCCACUGAGCUCCACUGCACCUUCCGCUCACUUAUCACCAUCCCAGCUGCUGUAUCUAAACACGUGGAACGCAUGAACCUGGGGUUCAACAGCAUUAAUAAGAUCACAGACAAAUCACUGGCUGGUCUGAGGAAGCUGGAGCUUCUGAUGCUUCAUGGAAAUGACAUCCACACUCUACACAAUGGAGUGUUCAGGGACCUUGUGUCACUGCAGAUGUUGAAGGUUAGCUACAACAAACUGAAGGAAAUCAACAGACACACCCUUCGGGGUCUGUGGUCUCUGGCCCGGUUACACCUGGACCACAAUCGACUGGAGUUCAUCCACCCAGAUGCCUUCCAAGGUCUCACCUCCCUGCGACUGCUGCAGCUAGAAGGCAACCAACUUCAGCAGCUGCACCCAGCAACUUUCACCACCUUCACUCUGAUGAGCCACUUCCACGUGUCAACUCUGAGGCACCUCUACCUGUCAGACAACGGGUUGAUGUCACUGCCCUCCAAGCUGGUAGCAACCAUGCCUCAGCUGGAGAAUCUGUACCUCCAUGGGAACCCGUGGACAUGUGACUGCAAUAUGAGGUGGCUCCGUGACUGGGAAAAAACCUCACCAGGUGUUUUGAAAUGUAAAAAAGACAAAGCCCUUCCUGGAGGCCAGCUGUGUCCUAUGUGUUCCUAUCCCAGACACCUCCAGAAGAAAGAACUCCAGGCUGUGGAGGACCUGGUCUGCAGCAGCCCUGUUAUCAGCUUUCCUCACAGGACUUCCCCACCUGAGGAUACUGAAAGUGAAGUCUUGACUGCAGACAACUUCAGAGAAACAUUUGGAAACAUCUCCCUGGGCCUGUCUGAUGAACAUGGGAAUGAGGUGGAUCUGGAGUGUAUUAUUGGCGAGCCAAGAAAGAUGACCAAGAUCAGCUGGGAGCAGGUCAACCAGCUGCAACUGGCCUCCAAUAUCUCACUGUCAGUAGAUCUUGAAUGUCCGGUUGAUAGAGAAAAGUAUGAGCAACUAUGGAGGCUAAUUGCUUACUACAGCAAUGUGCCAGCCCACUUACAAAGGGGGGUCAUGCUCAGUAAAGAGCCUCAUCCAACCUAUGUGUAUAGGCAGGACUCUGAGAAGGAUGCCCUUUACUACACAGGUGUUAAAGUCAACAUCAUGGCCCAGCCAGCAUGGCUGAUGCAGACAUCUGCGGGCCUUCAGCUGAACCGACUCCAAUCAUCAGCCAAGACGGUGAAACUGAUCCUGAGCACGGACCUCUCAGAGACAGUGGAGACAGAGCUGGUGCGGAGACAGAGAAGAACAUGGGUCUUGAUCAAGUCAACAAACACGACACAUAAAGCAUUGAGUGUUAUCCUGGGAAGUCCAAGUCAAAUGGACUGUAACGUGCACAGUUCUGGCCAACCAGUAAUUUACUGGAUGCUCCCAGAUGGCUCCAAAGUGGAGGCACCGUACAGCAGUGCAGACAACAGGGUAUCUGUGUCGAGUGAUGGGAGGUUGGCCAUUAAAUCUGUCAGUCACACAGAUGCAGGAAUUUAUUACUGCGUUGCCAAGGUUCAUGGAGACCUUGCUGUCCUGCCAUUCCAUCUGACAGUGCAGGAAUCCUCCAGCCCUCCCCCAGGAGAGGACUCCUCAAUUACACCCGUUGAGGAAUUGGCAGGGAACCCCAUUUCCCUGCCUUGCAUGGCAUCUGGUUCCCCUGAUGCUGAAAUUAACUGGAUUCUACCAAGCAACAACAUAGUUAGUUUUCAAACCAACUCCUCCAGAAUGUUGGUCUAUUCCAAUGGCACUCUGCACAUCCCAAAGACUCAGUUAUUAGACAGUGGUUAUUAUAAAUGCAUUGCCAUAAAUCAACAUGGUGUGGAUACCCUGGCUGCAAAAAUUACAGUCAUCAGGGGCAAAGGGCUCAUAAGGCCUUUGAGGAAGUUUCUAGCAAGACCUCAGUCUGCCUCAGGGGUCAACACUCAGAUUAAAGUCUUCACAGAGGACACAGAGGAGGCAUCAGGGGACAUUGAAGUGACUCAGGUGUCUCCAAUGAACCGACAGGAUCCUUUGAGACGAAGAAUUCAAGGUGGCGUGGCCCCGAGAAGGAAAGGUGUCCAUCCAUUGAGGAAUAUGUGGCGAAGACCUGGCAGGAGGAGGAUUAAUAUGACAAAGAGUAAAAUAGACCCAGAGAAAUGGGCUGAUAUUUUGGCGAAGAUUAGAGACAGAAAUCCUCAUAAUGCUGUGACACCACUCUCGGUUCAGUCGACAACGGAGAAGAGACUGACAGAGCAGACUACACUGUCACAAGAAACCUUUGAGGGAUCAUCAGAUGGCGUGACUGUACAAGAGAAAGAGGGCCAGGAUUACCUCACAACACCACAUGCUCCAGACAGCCUUCUGCCCCAGCCCAAACCACAAUUCAAAAGCACAUCAGCCGCACCAUCAUUUCCAACAGCCUCUCCAGCAGUGGGUCACGGAAAGAUGAGUUCUCAAACAAGCUUGAGAAUCUCAGAGAAUGAUUCCUCAAUCGAGCAUGAAAUCAAGACAACUUCUGGAUAUGCUUCAGUUACGACCCUGAGUACAAAUUUUGAGGAGGAUUUGGAGACAGACCAGGUUACCACAAAGAUGAAGACAGAGCCUGAAGGAUAUGAUCAUAAUUCUAGUCAAAAUAACACCACAAGCGGUGAGUCAGAGGUAGAUCAGCAUCUUAUAGAAACUGCAAACACAAGAGUUAUUGUUUAUGCUCCUAUCACAAGUACCACCAUGGCAACACUUCCAUCUACAUCAUCGAGGCCUGAUCUUGUGAUCCCAUCCACAGAGGUCUCACAUGUCACAUUACCCAAAACAUCUCAUACAGGAGCUAAUGUGGGACCUUCACUGAGGGCAGCUACCCAGGAGUCUCCCAGGAUCACAAUCAAACCUAUCAUCACUACAUCAGAGCCUAGUAGAAUAUUACACAAUCAUCCUAAAACCCAGUCACGUGACCACAAACUAGCCAACGGACAGACAGUCAAGCAGAUGACUACUCCUGCCCCAACAGUUACUGCAAUCCAAACUAAUCCAUUCACAGACAGGCUGCUAACAAGCACUCAGAAUGUGUCCAGAAUGCACCAGCUACCUGGACCGGGAUACAUUCCAAGAGGGAAGCCAAGGAUAACUAAGAGCAAUUUCCAGACUUUCACUGUGAAAGCUGAAACAGAUGCUCAGCUUCCCUGUGAGGCUGAGGGUGAGCCAAAGCCUUUCCUGUCAUGGACUGAAGUCGCUACUGGGGCAAGUAUUGCUCAGAACACCCGGGUUCAGAGGUUCGAAGUCCAUCCAAAUGGUUCAUUAAUCAUCAGGAACACGCAGCAAGUGGAUGGAGGCCAGUACCUGUGCAUGGUCCAGAACCAGUAUGGUACAGACAAAAUGGUGGUCAACCUUGUGGUCCUGCCUCAGCAUACGUGGGUGAUCCAGCCUCCGAACAGGGACGUCAAAGUGCCUUUAGGUGGCAAAGUGGACUUAGACUGUAAAGUGGUGGGGCGCCCUAUGCCUAAAGUCAAAUGGGUGCUCCCUAACCAUGUCCACAUGGCUGCUGCCCCACUUGGUGUGCCCCUUCAGCAGCGUGUGGCUGUCAUGAGUAACGGAACACUCCGAAUCAGCCAGGCCGCUUACACAGACAGAGGGAUUUAUAAGUGCACUGAUAGCAGUGUAGCUGGAACUGACAUUGUCGUAGUCCACCUUUAUGUCACAGCAUUGCCACCUGUGAUUCAACAGAUGCAACAUGAAAACACCACCCUCCCAGAGGGCAGCACUGCCUACAUCCACUGCACUGCCACAGGUGCCCCUCAACCGGUCAUCCGCUGGAUCACACCUGAUGGCGUACAUCUCACUGCUUCCCAGUUUUUGACUGGACGCAAUCUUUUCGUCCUCCCCAACGGGACCCUCUAUAUACACAGAUUGGGCCCAGGAAAUGCUGGGAGAUAUGAGUGUUCUGCCAGUAAUACAGUGACAUCCAGCAAGAGAACCGUGAUCUUGACCACAAGGAGGAGUCCAUCCUCUUCCAAGGCUAGUAUCAUUUCAUCAUCCCCCCAGAGAACAGACGUGAUCUAUGGGAGUAAGCUGCUACUCAACUGUGUGGCAACAGGAGAGCCAGAUCCCUGGAUCAUCUGGAGGACACCCUCUAAAAAGCUGGUGGAUGCUCAGUAUAGUUUUGAUCCCAGGAUCAAGGUCUUCCCCAAUGGCACUAUAACUAUUCGUUCUGUGACUGACAAGGACAGUGGUGACUACCUGUGCGUGGCACGUAACAAGAUGGGUGAUGACUACGUUCUGCUGCAGGUCAACGUGCUGACCAAGCCAGCCAAAAUCGAGCAGAAACACCAGCGAUCCAGCCAGGAGGUUGUGUAUGGUGGAGACUUGAAGGUGGACUGCGUGGCCUCUGGGCUUCCCAACCCUGAGAUCAGCUGGGCGCUGCCGGAUGGCACCAUGGUCAACCCAGUCAAACAGAAAGACCAUGUCAGUGGAGGACGCAGUCGCAGGUAUCUGGUGUUUGACAAUGGGACACUAUAUUUCAAUGAUGUCGGCAUGCCAGAAGAAGGGGACUACACCUGCUAUGCCGAGAACCAACUAGGCAAAGAUGAGAUGAAGGUCAGAGUCAAGGUCAAGGUUGCAGCUUCCCCACCACGCAUACAGGAUAAAGAUCAAAACACUGUCAGGGUUUUCUAUGGUGAGACCAUUACACUGAGAUGUAACUCCAAAGGGGAACCAAUGCCGGUCAACACGUGGAUAUCCCCUACAAAUAGACUGAUCUCCCCUGUGUUAGACAAAUAUCAGGUCUUGGAUGAUGGGGCACUGGUGAUUCAAAAGGUCCAACGUUCUGAUGGAGGUAACUACACCUGCAUGGCUAGGAACGGUGCAGGACAAGACCAUAAAGUCAUCCGGUUGGAGGUCCUGGUAACACCUCCAAUGAUUAAUGGCUUAAGGGAAACUGUCAGAGCUGUCAAGGUAACUGCAGUCCAGGAUCAGCGGAAGCUGGUGGACUGUGUAGCAAAGGGAAUCCCUACCCCUCGCAUCAUGUGGGUUCUUCCAGGAAAUGUGAUUCUCCCUGCACCAUACUACAGCAACAGAAUGACAGUUCACCAGAAUGGUACCUUGGAAAUCCAGUCACCCAAGAGGACAGACUCGGGGCAGCUGGCUUGUAUCGCUCGUAAUGAAGGAGGGGAGGUCAGGCUGGUGGUUAAUUUGGAUGUGAAAGAGAUUGUCGAGAGGCCACAAAUUAGAGGCCCAAAAACAGAUAGGCUGUCACUGACUGUAGGGAAUGUCAUGGUUUUAAAUUGCUCCUUUGAUGGCGCAACACUACCUCAUGUCACAUGGAUCUUACCCAACGGCACACCUUUGCUUAGCGGUGCUCGAUUCUCAAAGUUUUUCCACCAACCUGGCGGCUCUUUGAUCAUCAGUAACCCAUCUGUUGGUGAAGCUGGUAUGUACCGCUGUCUGGGGCACCAUUCUGGAGGCCUUGUGGAAAGUACAAUUACAUUGAUCCCAGGGAGAAAACCAGAGAUCAGAAACAGAUACAGCGCUCCUGUUAGCGUCAUGAAUGGGGAAACAUUGUUGCUCCAUUGUCUAACCAAUGGUGAACCCCUAAGACUAACAUGGACGCUACCCAGUGGGGUUAUCCUCAACAGGCCGCAGAGAGCUGGACGGUAUUCUGUGCUGCCCAAUGGGACACUUGCAAUCCAACAAGUAUCAGUCUAUGAUCGAGGUUCCUACGCAUGCCGGGUUGCAAAUGAGUAUGGUAGCUCUCUUCUUUCUGUAUCUGUAGUUGUAAUUGCAUACCCACCCCAAAUUACCAAUGGUCCCCCCUCUGUGACUUACGCUAAACGUGGAGUUGCAGUUCAGCUGAACUGUGUAGCAACUGGAAUUCCUAGAGUGGAGGUAGCAUGGGAAACACCAGACAAAACCCGCUUGGCUGUCAGUGCGCAGCCGCGCCUUUUUGGAAACAAGUACCUUCAUCCACAAGGUUCCCUAAUUAUCCAGAACCCGACGCAAAGAGAUGCCGGUAUCUACCGGUGCACAGCCAGGAAUGCCAUUGGCAUAGACUCUAAAGCUACAUUUCUCAAUGUGUCCUGAGGAAUUUCACUGUUCAUCAUGGUCAAUGCCAUACUGUAUGCCCAAGAAACUGCCUGGUUAAAAGCAGCUGAUGUUAUAAAUGAUCCAAAUGUAAAAACUGCUAUCACAAGAGGUCAAAAGCUGAUGGUAUUUUGUGCACCAUAGCUUACCACAAUUUUGCCUAUCACUUGCUUUGUUAUGCAAUUUAGCUUUAGGCUAAAGACUUGUUUAGUCCCUUUGGACACCCCUAGUAAUUAUUAAUAACUAUAAAAUGAUUGGUACCUCAUCAAGGUAGUGGUACUGACGAAUAAGUGCAGUUACCUGCUCUGGCUAAAUGUAAUAAAGCAAAAAAAUUAAAUGAAAUAUAUGAGCACAUUUCUAAACUUCAAUUUGAAAUUACUCAAAGAAGUGCACAGAACUCUGUAUGCUUACCAUGGCAGGAAAAAUAAUAUACCAACUAAUCAGGUACUGUUCUUCUGUGCCAUCAUCUGUGAUGAAUCAAUACAUUUCCAAAAAUAAUACUGAUUUCAUUUUAUUGAGACAAGAAGUGCUCAUUGACUGUUUACCUCCAACAACGCUUUGAAUACUUUAGGUUCUUUAGGUCCCUGUUCAGGCAAAUUGUCUUUUGAGGCAGCCGUGACGCAGCAAGUUAAGAGUGCGGCUUUGGACUUUGGACCGGGCUGAGAUCGGAGGGUUGUAGGUUCGGUCCCUCGACCAAGCACGAAAAAUAGAUACGGUGGUGAAGGAGACCUGCCUCUCCUGCCUCUGCGACCAUGGUGUGGUGCUCCUGAGCAAGGCACCGAUCCACCCCAGCUCCCUGGGCGCCUCACUAGGCAGCCCCUUG